AUGCGGGAAGUCAACUUCAGUAUACCCAACGUCAACAAGGCGUCGGUGGGCAUCACCACCGCUUUGUAUGACCGCCGCGCUCUCGACUGCACUUCGACGCUGCCCUUGAUCAACUCGCUCAACCAUCUCGCCUAUCUCACCACGUCGUCGGCCCGUAUCCGUGACAUCCUCACCGUCGAUGGCGGCAUCGAGCGACUUGUCUGCAUCCUGAAGCAGGGUCGCAGCACGGAUCUGAUGGACAUGUGGAAGUGGAAUCUCGCCUUCCAGUGUGUCGUCAACAUAGGGGUUAGGGGCACCGAGGCCGUCCGGACACGGGUCGUUGAGGCCGACAUGGUUCCUGUCAUCGCUACUAUCCUCGACAACUACAUCAAGGUCAUCGAGAGGCUGCGUGAAAAGGCCGAGGAGGCCAAGCAAAAGUCGGACCCUCACCGCGAUCGCAUCAACGAGAGCAGCCGCGCCCACAAGUCGUCAAGCUUCUCAACCCGAUCGGGUAAUUUAGACGUCGACCGUUCGUUCCGCAGGCAGGCGCCGCCUCCGUCAAUCGACGUUUCGGCGACCCUCGCCGGCCCUUCGGCAACGACCAUAAUCCAGUCCCACGCUGACGCCACCCCGACUGCUCCGCAAUUCCAGGUAACGCCCCCUCCUGACCGGGCUCCCUUGAUCCAUCGAUCCCACCACAGCGUCCGCGGAGAGCCGCGCUAUGGCAUAUCCUCGUCAAGUCGCCAGGGUCUUCAGCCCCUAGCGCCGGCUGUGCCGUCCAUGGAUACUGCCGACGGAUUUAGGCCCGUCCGAGAAAUUGAUCGUCUGGUCUCGAUGACAUACACACAAGUCGUCGCUCUCGGCUCUCAGCCAGCCUCGCCCACGACUCCGUUACCGCCUCCUCAGAUUAGAUCGCCAACAGUCCGGCCUGCUUCGAUGCUCGCCCCCACUGCUCGGUCUCGGCGGCGGCCGUCAAUCCGCCAUCAACAUUCCACCGCCGUCGAGGCAGAUGACAUGAACGCUGACAGCAUGCCAAUUGACGAGUCACCCGACGCCGAGAUGUCGGGUACCAGAGGACUUCAGCCAGGAGUUGGCAUGCAGGACAUUGCGAUGGAGGAUAGCGACACCAUCAUCACUGGUGCGGCCAUCGAGUUGACGACACCUACGGUGUCUGAGACUCAAGAGGCCGGAACCUUCAACAUCACGCAUCAAGGACCGGUCGAUGGCAGCAUCGUAAACAAUGCGCCCACUCCGGUUCCCAACAUUGGCCUCUCUCCCAAUAGGCCAACUAUGGUGAGCCCACCGCAGCCUACUUUGCCCAACGCCACCGUCCCCCGAUACCUGCUCGACCGACAAGUAACACCAAACCCGCAAAUAAUUGCCGCGAUGCCCAGAGAGGAGGACGUCCUGAUGUCGCUACAGCUUCUAGCUUAUGUCUCCAAGUACUGCAACCUCCGCAAAUACUUCCAAAAAAGCCACCUGGUCCCCAAGCUCAAGAUUGGAAAGGAGCUACAGCUCUUGGACAAUCCCGAUGCAGUGCUCGAGGCCGAGACGGACGAGGAUGACGAAGACGCGUGCGAGGCGGAGUAUCUCCUGCCCAAUGACUUGAACAUCUUCCCGCUCGUCGAGAAGUUCACAGUCCGGUACCACAGCACAGAUAUGCAAUACUGGGCCGGGGUCGUUAUGAGGAACCUGUGCCGAAAGGACGACACAAGGGGCGGCAUUCGCCAAUGCGCCUAUUAUCAGUGUGGGAAGUGGGAAGAGUACACACGCCAGUUUGCAAAGUGCCGCCGUUGCCGGCGAACUAAAUACUGCAGCAAGGAGUGCCAAAAGAGCGCGUGGGCUUUCCACCGCCACUGGUGUAUCGCUGCCACGCAAUAG